AUGCUGCCAUACAAAUGGUGUUCGCUCCUCAACCUCCUGGCAUGCACGGUGGUUCUCGAACAGGAAAGCAGCGGAACGUUGACCGCCACAGCGCAUACUUUGCGCAGCUACUCAUGCAAGACCAGCUGCACGUACUCCAGCGCCAUGCUCAUGACCCCUACUUUACUCAGCGCCGUGAUGCAGUCGGAAAGCUUGGACUCACAUCGCAUCAACGUGUUGCAGCUUGCAUUCGACACCUAG